AUGCCGCCCACAAAGAAAAAGAAGAGCAAGGGACCUGUGGCUCCCGCGCCCGCCGGCCAUGCCCAGGGCCGGUUGCCAGGCCUACCGUCACCCGCGCUGUGCUGCGCCUGCGGUCUGUGCGUGCUGCUGGCGGGUGUGAACGUGACGCUAGUGGGUGCGUUCGCCUCCUUCCUGCCAGGGCACAAUGUGCCACUGAUCGUAGGGCCGGCGCUACUAGUGCUGGCGCUCGGUUUUUUCGCAACCUGCUGCGUGUGUAGCCGCCGGGGCCCUGCGCUCCGCACGCGCUCCUUGGAAGCGGCGGCCCGGGGCCAGAAUGGCGGGCGCGCGGGGCCAGUGGCGCUGGAGAUGGAAAGCAGCGAGCGCACAGCGCAGGACACCACGGCCGUACAGCUCAGCCCCGCUGCCUCGGCCGCGUCCUCUGGCCGCUCCAGCCCGGGCCCGGGCCCCGGCCUCUUCAGCCUGGACGCGCCCGCGCCCACAGCAGUUUGUGUGCCGCGGCCCGAAGGGACGCAGCUCAACCUGCCCCGGGAGCUGUCCGCCUCCUAGCGGACCAAGGCCUCUGUCCAUUCCCCUGUCUGGGUUCCCUCCAUCCUGUGUCACUUAAACAAAAACUAGAAGAGGGGGGCUUUAAUUUUUUCUCCAUAAGGAACCAGUCCUAGGCACAGGUGGCCUCACCUGUCUCAUUUCUGAACUUCUGGAGGGAAGAAUGUGGUGAUGGUGUCAGGGCUCAAAUCCUAAAGAAAUGAGCAGCCUUGGCCCCUUAGAUAGGGUCUCUGCGUCCUAUCUCACCUCACCCCCCCCCCCAGAGACUUGAUGAAGCUGGACUCCUGGACCUUGGAAGCUGACCCCACCCACAGUAUUUGGGCAUGUGGAAAAAGAACCAUCAAGCGGCUCUGGCUACCAGCAAGGCCCCUGUCCCCAAGCGGGUAGAAGGGAGGAACUCAGCCCUAACUUGCUCCAUCUCUUCACACUGAAAGUCAUCUAGGCCCUCCUCUGCCCCUCCCCUACUUCCUUGUCUCUACCCCAACAUGAUCUUUGGGAUUCAUUUGGGAGGAGAGAUUCUGACUUCAGCCAUGAAUGGGUAGAGCCGAGCAGAGCACUCCCUGCCAUUCUGUCUGACCCCCACAGUGUGAGUCCUGCCAAGGAUGAGUGCUGAGGGGGAUUCUCCAAUCCUGAAGGUCCCAGUGAUCUUCACUGCCAACAAUGCUGCCACCUUCACUGUGCCACACCUUA